GAUGAGGGGUGUAUGUACUCCACACGACAUGAACACGUAUAUUAUUCCACAAUUGGAUGGAGACAUUGAAAUCAAUUAUGUGUUGUUCAAUCUGUUGUGUUUCAGAGGGUCUAUGUACAUUGACCUUCAUCUCAGUAGAGGAGGGGCUGUGAAAAUGACCUCAAAGCCACUAGUAUAACAAGACGACCCCUGAAUGUUGAACACUUCAAUGCUGAAUCUGCACCUUAAAAGGCAAAAGACAUCAUGGCAAAAGACAAGACUGUAACCUUUGCUGUGCUGUGUUUCAUUCACGUUUGGACUUUCAGUGUGGAUUCGAAAACGGAUUUUCCUGGUCAAUAUGCUCCACAUAAUGAAACUACCUUAUCAAUGGUCCCGGAUGCUGUUGAUGACAUGUAUAGUGGAUGCACUGAAAAGAUGAAGAAGAAGGUAAAUAAUGAAUAUCUUCCAAAUGAAAAGAACCAGAGACUAUUUAACCAAAGUUGGCACCGGGCAGAAACUUGUGCAAAAGAAGUUGCGGAACGAUUUAAAAAAGACAAAGAAACAUUUUAUGCUAAUGAACUUGAACAUGAUCACAUCAAGGCCAUCUGUGCUUAUUCAGCUGGUCAUCCCACCAUACAUGAUGUAUUCAAUGAAGCCGUCCUCACCCAAAAGAAUCAGUAUACAACCUUCCCGUACCAUACUCUGCAUUUUUGGCUCACUGAUGCUCUCCGUGUUUUGAAAAAAGCUCAACAGAACUGUAGAACCACAUUUAGAAGAACAAAGAAAGACUAUAGUGAAGUUAACAAAGAAAUGAGAUUUGGAUAUUUUGCCUCCAGUUCCCUGAAAAAACAUAUUAAUCCAACUUUUGGACACAAGUCCUGCUUUGAAAUAUAUACAUGUUUUGGUGCAUACCUAAAGUCCUACCCAAAGUUGGGGAAAAAAGAAGAGGAGGUGCUGAUUCCACCCUACGAAGUCUUCAAAGUAAUUGCUGUGCUUAAGAAAAAAAGAUAUGAAAAUCUUUGGUGUGAUACUGUGUACAAACUACAGAGUACGAAAAAACCCCAAAGUAACCUGAAUUGCAAAAUGAUCCGUCAUUCAGCUGAAAAUAAUCUGUAGUGACAAGUCAAUCAAAUAUUAAGAUGUUAUCUAUAAAGAAGAUUUAAUUCAACCAGCUAGGCGGCUUAUGCUUCUUAAAGUAACAAAAUGUAAUAAAAAACAAUAUUUUCAGUGUCUGUAGUUUGCAUUUUAUAACUUUUAAGGGUUUACUGACUGAUGUCACAUACAGACCUCAUUAUGACACAUGGAAGUACAUUAGUGAGGUGGUUGUUCUAAUCUGUGUAUCAGACUCCAGUGAAACAAAGACACUUAUGGAUCCCACAUUUUUCUGUUAUCAAAUGUAUUAAUUCUGAAAACAAAAUGAGUGUUAUUGUAACUUGAGGGUUGUUCAUAUUUAAAGGGUGUAUAGUUAAACCUGAAAACAAGGGUGCUAACACACAAGAAAAUAUAAUGUAAACACCUUGUGAAACAGGUUGGGCAUACCAUACAAAUAAUACAGAAGGGAAUAUACUAAAUGAAGCCCCGUUCCCUCCUUCCAUCCUUCCCUCACCUUAACCACCCAACAUAAACCCUACUUCACCUUCCUCUCUUUACCCUCACAGUCGACUCUCCCCUCCUCCUCUUCCUCCAAAUCCCGUCCCAUAAAUAUAGUCUUUAGUCACCCCC